AUGCUUCUCCAUAUUUUGCGAUGUAGUAAAAUGACAAAACCGUUUGCCCGAUUAGGAAAGCGUACGAAUGGCACAUUUUUCUCCCACGUUUAA